AUGCCUUCAACUACACCCGCUGACAAUAGUUUUGUCACUCCUAGCAAGACUGUUGAUUUUUCUGGUGAAAAUCCUGAGGAAACUGGCAAUACAGUUGAUGAAAAUGUUGCCGCGGCACUUCCUCCUGUGGUGCAUGAUAAAUUCACCAAACCGGAGGCGUUGCUCAUCACAAAGAUUGUCUUUAACAAGGAGAAUCCGACCAAACCGAUGUUUGACGCGCUUCAGACUUUCUUUGACCACAUUGGUGUUGAGAAACCGUCAUAUCUUGAAGGACAGGAUGUGGAUGACUUACUCAGUCAUGGAGAGGAUGCCCUCCCUGAUGGCGGCCUAAUUCGCGGCGUCAUCACUGGGCGCCUCAAGAAGUUUCUCCUCUACGCAUCUGCCCCUUCAGUGGUCAUCGAUCCCAGUCUUACCUACCACAAGAUUGUGCAAUUUUCGAUUGACCAAGCAAAAAAAAAUAUGCCUACUACUCCUAUUGAUUUGACAAAAGCAAUUGGCGAACGUCAAGGCAUGAAGUUUCGCUGUCCAGAGGUCGAACCAUUCAGUGGCGAAUCUACUGUAUAUUGGCCUUGGACAUCUAAGGAUGCAUCAAGUCAGGGUUUCUACGCAAUCGCAAAAGCUCUGAAUGAUGGUACUGCUAGCCAUAUUGCCGAUGAAGUGAAAGAAAAGAGGGGACAAACUGUGGCCUACGACCUUUACCAACAAUUACUGGAGACCUACAAAUCUCCGGAGGAUCAGGCCCAUUUUGUAAUGUAUGCAAUUGACGAGUUGACUUCCAUCAAGUUGACUCACGAAGUUACAGUUCCUGAUUUUAUUUCCAAUUGGAGGUCUAAUUCUACAAGAUUGCGGAAAAGUAAUCAAUCACUGGCAACAAGCCAUGUUUUCCUCCUCAAGGCAAUUGUCUCUGAUACAUACAGUGACAUGAGAUGUUACAUUGUGAAGUACCCGUUAGCUUCCAUUGACAAGUAUCUCAAACAAUUACGCUCCCACAGUAAAACACAAGCUCUCAUUGACGAGGACUCCCCUGUCCUAAACGACGGUGCUGUGGUGGCUCGCCGUGGAGCAACGAACAAGAGCUACAAGAAGAGGACCGGUGUCAAAUUUGAUAAGGAUUAUUCAAAAGAGUAUCCAAAAUGGCACAUUCCUCAGUUUCCAAUCGGUUGGGACAAGAGUUUUCCGAAUGGUCUCUUCAAGAGGAUGUUGACCUGGCGCGACACAUGCCACGGUACCAACUUACAACCCGGAAAAAUCGAUCGAGAGUUUGGCAUGAGACCAAAGUACAUUGGUGUCAAACGAAAAGAUCGUAGAGGAGCUACUAAAGAUGGUGAAGACGGUGACGAAGGUCCUUCUGACGCACAGCCAAACAAAAGUGGAAAACAAUGGCUGAUCCAGUCCUACUACAAGAAACUGCGGACGGAUUGUCCCGGAAAAACAUCUCAAGCCCACGUUACCAUUACAGAGUGGUGA